AUGGAUCUUAAAGGCUCACUAGUUGAUAAUAACCUAAGAAUUUAUCCAUCAGAUAAGCUCAUUGAAUUUGUAAAAACAAUAACACCUUCAGACCAAAUACCUCACAAUAUCUUGCAAAUAAUAAAAACAGAUUCUAAAAGUACAUAUAAGAGUUACAAACUGCAGGAUUUCAAUCCGGUGCAGUUAAAUAGUUCUGAGAUAGAAAAUUUAAAAAAGUUGAGAGAUAGUUUUGAUGAAAUUCAUAAGGAUAAGUCGAUUGAAAAUGAAGAAAAUUAUGGAGACAUUGAAUUUGAGAGUAAAAAAACAAUGCAAGAAAAAAUGGAAAUUAAGGAAGGAACUAAUGAAAAUAAAUCAGAUAAAAAACUUGAUAAAGAAUGUGAAAAUGAAGAUGGUAAAACUGAUGGCCAAAAAUCAUCAAAAGGAGGUCUUAAUAGCGAUGAUAUUGAAUCAGUAGACACUGGAGUAUUCCUUGUGACAUCGGACAUAGACUGGUUAUAUGUGCAUAUCAAAACUAGGAAAUCAAAUGGUGAAAAAGACAUUCCCUAUUUACACACACUUCUUGAAGGUGCUUCUAUUGAAAUGCCAGAAAAUGAAACUAUAAAAAGGAAUGCUAUUCUAGAAGCGAGGUGUAUUAAAUUGAGAUCCCAGCAAGAAGCUCGUGAAUAUAGAAAAAUGACAAAAAGUGUUGACAAUGUUAGAAUGAGAUUUCCUGAAGACAGUAUUUCAUAUCAAAUGAAGCAAAUCAAUCGUCAUCUGAUAGCUAUUGGGCAGUUCAUAAUAUCAAUAUUUGCUGGGUUCCUGUUUGGAUUCAGAGGAGUUGAAUGGAUGGUUGGCAAUUUAGAUUUUGGAUUCAGACUACUUUUAGGUGUAAUGUGUGCCUUAGUAAUAGCGUUGGCAGAAAUUUAUUUCCUAGCUAAAAAGUUGAAUGAAGAGUUAUGUGUACCUGAAACUGUCCAACUAGGAGGCCCUGUGAAGUUUGCUGAUCAAGACAGUUAUAACUACAAAGACAAUGAGUCGCGUUCUAAGCCACAUCAAGAUUAACUUUUUUCAGUUAUUGUAUACUAUAAAAUUCUUUUUAUAUUGUUUAGGUAGAUAGAUAUAUUAAUGAAUUAAAUAUAGUUUACAAAUGUAUGUAUGCAAUAAAAUGCAAAUGUCAGUA